CCCACCAUCGCACCUGCCCUGCAGCUCUCGCCCGUUGCGUCAUCGGGCAACCGCGCGAAACCAUGAUCAAGCUUCCACAACACUCAUCACGCGCCUUGCUACCGUUACGAAACCACAGAUCACGAGCGCUACCACGAGCCUUUCCCUUCCACCAGGAUAAAGAACGCCCCAGCUGCAGAAAUCUGCACUUUUCGACAGCACUGCGAACGCGUGUUUCCACACCAGCCCACCGCACACAUACUUCGAGUUUCUACACACGAAUAACUAUACGCACGAUGUCGUCUGACGCCGAUUACGCUGCGUUUCUCGAGAAGGCAAAUCAGGACUCUGCGCCUGUGGAGCAGCAGAGUGGAGGGAAGAAGACGUACGGCACUAAGAGUGUGAAUACGGCGGUGCCGCAGGUGUUGGAGGGGGUGGAGGAGUACUAUGUCAGCGAUGCGGAUGAGCCGUUUGAGCCUGUUGCGCUGAAGUAUGAGGGGAGCAGUGUUUCUGCAGAUGAUCUGAAGAAGGUGCUUGGGGGCGAGAGGGAGGUUGAGCAAGUCACGCCCAAGGGGUUUGAGACACAGUAUAAGACUGUUGUUGAUGCGGUGAAGAAGGCGGCGGGUGGGGAGGUCAAGGUUUUUAGGGUGGGGAUUGAUGGGACGAGGAGCGAGUAUUGGGUUGUUGCUGUUGAUGGGAAGGAGGGGAAGAUUGUGGGCUUCAAGGCGUUGAGCGUCGAGUCGUGAGGGUACGCAAGUUCAUGGAGAUACGAGGUCGGUACCAUGGUUUGUAGACGAAAUGGCUGGUAUGACUUUCGACGCGUGGGAAACGUGUUUGGGGUCAGAUUCUCUUUGAUGUGGUUCAGUCCCAGAUGAAGGAGCUGAUCUCACCUAACAGAGGAAGGUUACAUUAUGCUGAUAGGUUGCAUCUCAUCUCUUACAGCACUGAGCUUUGUCUAGCCAAGCAUUAAACGCUCCGUCUGAUCGCUGUCCUUGUCAAUUAGAGUAGAGUGGGGCGGCUGUCAAAGUGUGAAACGGUUGGUGGACAUCAUGCACAUUGUACACACG